AUGGCCACUGCUCCGUCAACAGAGUCGCGGGACAACUAUGGCCCUGGGACGUAUGUUGACAUUAGUUUCACGCCAGUUCCAGAAGAAUGUAGACGACUGUUAAAGGUCUUCGCUGCAAAGACGCCCGGAUUUACGCAGGAUCAGGCUCUGUUGGACGGAGUGAAAUUUGAGGGCGAUGAUCUCCCCUGCAUCCCCGGACCGAUCAAAGCACAAGCUAUAACUGCAGUGCUCCAUGCAAUGGUUGGUAUCGUGGGUCUUGAAAUGCUUCAUCUUCGCGGUGAAACUACCAGCAAGACAACGUACGUCAACACGAACCACGCAGGACUGUAUCCAGCCACUCCGGGGUUGGUGACAGUCGACGGACAGACAGGACCGGCCGUCAUCGCGCUGCCAACCGUGCCUCAAUGGGAUAAAGACCGCCAAUCGGGCUCUCCUUUAGUCUAUCGGUCGACAGCCAUCUACCCGACCGCUGAUGAUGGCAUGUGGUUCCAGCUCCAUGGCUCGCUUGACUCGUGGACCAUGCUACAGAGGAUCGGCAUCACGAGGGACGCUGAAGCAACCGUGCGAUCCAAUGAUGAUGCUUACAAGUUGAUUGGUGAUCGCGUGAAAACUUAUCGUGCGCGGGAGUUGGAACAGCUCAUGCUUGAGCACGGCCUCUCAGGCUCGAUAGUCCUCUCACCCGAGAGCUGGCGACGCACGGAAAUGGGCAAGUCCCUCGCGCGCCAUCCACUGGUCAACUAUGCUAAACGCGGUGAUGCUUCCACUCUCCCGCCGACGCCACCACCCAAGCUAGCCGAUAAACGCCCUUUAGCUGGAAUCAAAGUUGUCGAACUAGCGCGAAUCAUUGCGGCGACGGCCGCUGGCGCUGCGCUGGCAUCAAUGGGAGCCGAGGUCAUCCGGGUCAACUCGUCCAAACUCAAGGAUUACACUCCUGCGCAGCCUUCCUCUCUAAUGGCCGGCAAGGCCACAAUUGACCUAGAUCUGGAUGAUCCCGCUGACCAUGCGCGCCUGACGCAGCUUUUCGAAGAAGCCGAUGUCAUCAUCCAAGGCUACCGCUUAGGCUCUUUCGCACGCCGGGGCUUCGGUUUCGAGGACGCUCAAAAGAUGGCAGAGAGGCGUGGCAGAGGCAUCGUUUACGUUGACGAGAACUGCUACGGUCCGGACGGCUACUACGCAGAGCGUCCCGGAUGGCAGCAAGUGGCCGAUGCUGCCGUGGGAAGCUCAUACGUGAUGGGUCAAGCAUUCGGCUGCCCAAGGGGGCAGGGUGUCCUUCCCAGCCUGCCUAUCUCCGACAUGUCGACGGGCAUUCUCACGGCGCUAACUAUCAUGUGUGGUCUCCGCGACCGCGCAAAGUUCGGUGGCUCCUAUCACGGCCAUGUCGCACUUGCCGGGUAUAAUAUGGCGACACUUGAUCCAGAUGUUGGACUAUACCAACAUGAGGUCGUACAGCGGAUUCAGACUAAGUAUUGCUUCAUCCCAUGGUCCAGCGAUGUACAUGUGGCGCCGCUGUACUACAACAUCAUCAAGGCCUGGGAUGACAACAGCGACCUAGUCAAGGACGACGACUACUACGUGCACUUUUCGAACUCGGUGUUUGGCGCCGACUUGCGCGUCCUUGCACCUUUGAUUAAGUAUUCUAAAGAGGAGACGACGCCCAGGUGGACGAGUCCGCCAGUUCCCUUCUGCCACCACGAAUUUCGAUCAUUUUCCCACUCGGUCUAG